AUGGCACGACACUCUAACCGAACAGACUCAUUCGUGACGGCAAACUCGAAUGAGAAACCGAAAAUCACUAAAUCAGCACUACCACGCAAUGUUAAGUGGAUUGAAGAUGUCUCAUGGGACUCAAGCCUGCAGCCCAAAGACUACGAGAUCCAGGGCACUCACCCAGACUCGAAGAUAUUGUUUCUCAAUGUAAACAUUGUUGACUCAACAGGUCGAGAACCCUACCUUGGAGAUGUGUUGAUUGAAGGUCAAAAACCUGCCUUGUUAACGAAGUACAAACAAGAUGGCUUACAGCAUAACAGGUCAGACNNCAUCACAUACGUAGGGACUGUACCCAAUGUCGACGAACUCAGCAAAGACCCCAAAGUCCGAGUAUUUCACGGUCGAGGACGCACCUUGAUGACGGGCUUGGGCGAUGCUCAUACGCACUUCACGUGGAAUGGAGGAGAUCUCGACCGCCUGGGCGAGCUGGGUGUCGAAGAGCAUACUCUUCUGACAAUGCGGAGCGCGCAAUGUUUCAUUGACUCAGGAUACACCAUNNGUGUUUUGGUGCAGCUUCGGCAAAGGAUCGACUCGAUGUGGUCAUCAGAGACGCCGUUAACGCCGGCGAUAUCCCAGGACCCAGAUAUCUCGCAAACGGUAAAGAGAUGGCUCGGCGAGAUGGCGAGUUGGUUGCAGGUAUCACUGCCUUUGCGGAUGGGCCUGAGGAGAUGCGCGAGGUCAUUCGCCAUCACGUGGACAUCGGUGUUGAUAACAUCAAGCUCAGCAUGUCCGGCGAGGAAAUUACCGAGAUCCGAUCGGCGCAAGAUUGCUACUUUACAGACGAGGAGACCGCGGCUUGUGUCGAUGAAGCCCAUAAGCAUGGAAAGCGGCUUUGUGCCCACGCUCGAGCUCGAGACUCCGUCAAGAUGUGUGAGUGUNGUUCGUCACGGUGUAGAAGCCAUCUACCAUGCCUCUUACAUUGACGACGAAGGCAUGGACAUGCUCGAGGCCGCAAAGACCAAGCACAUCGUGGCACCGGCGAUUAAUUGGCUGAUUGCGACUCUCAACGAGGCCGAAGCUUUCGGCUACACCCAUGCUCAAGCUGAAAAGGUGGGCUACAAACGCGAGCUAGACGCAGCCAUCAAGGGUCUUAAAGAGAUGCAUCGUCGGGGCAUAGUCGUCCUUCCAGGUGGCGACUAUGGUUUCGCAUGGACGCCGCAUGGAACAUAUGCCCGGGACCUCGAGCAUUUUGUGAAGCUUCUAGACUUCACGCCACACGAAGUCAUCGUCGCCGCUACAGCUGGUGUUGCCAAGUUGAUGAUGCGUAGCAACAACCUUGGAAAGAUUCAGCCAGGGUACCUCGGAGACUGCAUUCUGGUAGAUGGAAAUCCUUUGGACGACAUCACCAUUCUGCAAGACCACUCCAAGCUCAACAUCAUUUGUAUCAACGGCAGGGUUCACAAGGCUGGACGAAAAGAGUACAUCCCUCCUCCAGUCGCAGGACAAGACAAUAACAGUCAUGUCAUUGUGCCAGACAUGGAGUACCCGGACGUGGAGAGGGCAAUGCAGAAGCAGUAUUAG